CCAAGGUUGCCACCUCAUUACUUUUGACUGCCACUAGUUUUCUUUAAUCUUACAAUUAAUAUACUCCUAUCUUCUCAAACAAAAAGAUAUGGUGACAUUUUGACAAAUCAAGACUAACACCCGACCGCCACCCUGCCGCCAGCGGUGACAAAUCAGUGCCCCUGCAAUUUUAUAUAUGGCAUACAACUCAGGACUUCUCACCGCUUCCACCUAGAUAACUUUUCUUUAAUGGAUUUUGCGCAGCAAAUAAGCAAGAUAUCCCAUAACCAGCAGAUUUCAAAGUCUUGGCGUAUUAUAGGAGCAAUUUUUUAUAAGCUAAAAACUCAUCCAUAAAUGCGGAAAUGGGUUAGCGUUGACUUAUUUAAACAUAUAUGAUAUAUCCCAACUCAAAUUCAACGUCCAUGGCGAUUAUCUAUUUAUAAAUAAUUCAACUUCACCUGGCGUGCAGGAAACUGCCAAUAUUUUUAUAUUCAUGACCCUCUCUAUAUAUAGAAAUGGUUCAUCUUUUCCAUUACACAAUACUGCAAACGAAGACAUAAUAACUUUUGGGUAGUCUUUUUGCAACAAAGCUAUGGCCCCUCCCUAUAAACCAGAAACGCCUUCAAGAUUCCAAAAACAGUCUCCUUCGGUUGGAAACUGUUCCGCCGUUGAUGUGACUCUUAGGGUGUUAUUGUUUGCUGCCUCACUGAGUGCUGUUGUUGUCAUGGUUACAAGCAAGGAAACGAAGCUUGUGGCCCUGCCAGUGCCACCCUUUAGUGUCAAAAUUCCUUCCAAGUUCACUUACUCGCCAGCCUUCAUAUAUUUUGUGGUAGCACUAUCGGUUGCAGUUGCACACAGUUUCAUCACAACUCUUGUAUCACUUUCAGUGAUGGCGAAGCAGGUUUUCCCGAAACGGGUGUUGCUCCUUUUAGCAUUCUGUGACGUGGUGAUGCUGGGACUUGUAGGUUCAGCAACGGGAGCAUCAAGCGCUGUUGCGUAUAUCGGAUUGAAGGGAAACAAUCACACGGGGUGGUCAGAGAUAUGCUCCGUCUACGGCAAGUUCUGUCGUCAUAUAGGAGCUGCGUCAGCGGUUGCAUUGGUUGCUUCCAUUCUUCUUAUGCUGCUCUCUGUCCUGUCUACUUACUCUCUUUACAAAAGGGUUCGUGAUUAGAGAUAUCAGUUAUCCAAGGAUGCACUUUGUGUGUUAAUCUAAUUGUAUAAUGUGUAUUUCUGAAUGUCCAGAGUUCAUUGUAUGUUAUUUAAUUUCUUGGAGAAUUUGCUAGGACCCAAUCAUGACUUCUUUCCUUUUGUACUCAACAUAGUUUAUCCUAAAAGCCCUCUCAUCUUUGCUUCAUA